CUUCACUCGUUCGUGUCGUAGUCGAGAGCAACAACCCGCCGGAAUCGGACGCAUUUCUGUGGUGUAUCAUCUUGUUUGGUCGUUAUUCAUAUUUUACAACACUUGUGUAUAUAUUUUCGCUGUUCGUCGCGAAAUCGGUAUAGUUGCAGACAGGAAUAUUUUUAUUUUUAUUUACGGAAUCAUUUUUUUUUGCUUUAAUCAUUUAACGUUCAACAAAAUUCGAAAUCUUAAAUACUUUGCGUGGGUGCUUAACAAAAAAAAAAUCUUAUUAACAUACAUAUUUACAUAUAAUCAGUUGCCAAAAAUCGUUACAAACGCGACCAAGAAGAACAAGUGUGCGCUAUCGAUCUCCAUACAGUAUUCGCUCAAAUAGACUCACUUGGCCACAUUCAGUUAAUAAAGCAAUCGAACACCAAGAACAACAACAACACCUACGCGACCGUGCAUCGAUUGCAGAAAUAACAAAACUACCUGAAACCAUCAACAACAACAACAACGCAAGAAUGGCUGAAGUUGAAGUAGAGCAAAUUGUUGAAGUCACAGACGAAGUAGCUAAGGAUGAAGAGGUGGACGAAGUCGAGGACCAGCCACGAAGGAUGUUCUCACCCACGGAACUCGACAAAGAUGCCAUUCGUGAGGCCUACGAAGAUGUUCGAUCCGAUCAAACAGAUACCGAAUGGGCCGUUUUCAAGUUUCAUGGACCCACCGUUACUUGUACUGCACGCGGUCAGGGUUUCACCGAAUUCCGCGAGCAAUUUGGUGAUAACGACCGCGCAUUCGGUUACAUCCGCAUACAAAUGGGCGAUGAGAUGUCCAAACGACAGAAAUUCGUCUUCCUGACGUGGAUCGGCCAGUAUGUCGGCGUAUUACCACGUGCCAAAAUGUCCACAGAUAAAGCGCUCGUGCGUGAGGUGCUAAGUAAUUUUGCUGUCGAGUUAUAUGCGGGCGUGGAUGAUGAACUGGACAUUGAACUUUUCCGUGAUGCCUUGGAACGCGCAGGUGGCGCCAACUACGGCACUGGUGUUUAAGUGCAUAUUU